AUGAACGCUCGCUUGGACUACGGAUACAACCACUACCAAUACCAACAUUCUCUCCCACCCGCAUCAACAAUGACCUCAGGCUCAACCUCCAAACAAAACCGCAAACGCAUCCGACAUCGACCCUCCCGCGCGAGGAAACAAGAACUCUACACCGCUUCGCAGCGAUCGGGUACUUCGCCUACCACCGACAACACACCGUUUAAAUCGAAAACGAUGUCGACCUCUGGUACGAUGUGGUCGACGAACCUCCCACGCUUGCUGAGACAAGAGAGCGCCGAGUCGAGGGAACGAAGGAUUUUUGGCGGGGAGGAUGGCGAUACGGCUUCGGCGAAGGCACUUAAGGGGGCGAUGUUGGAUGUUGUGCUCGGGUUGUUUGAUGGGGUGGAUUAUGAGGAUGGGAUUUGA